ACCGGAAGUGCCUCUACGGGCUACCGCUGCCACGAUUUGAGCUUGCCCUUAGUGGACCGCUGCCACGAUUUCAGCUUGCCCUUACUGGAAACACGGACACGGGCAGAGAUGGCCGCGAUCUUCGGGAAGAUCUUCGUGGGGGUUUACGUGGAAAUAAAGCGGAGCGACGGACGGAUACACCAGGCGAUGGUCACAUCGCUGCAUGAAGACAACGACAGUGUGACGGUGGAGUGGAUCGAGAACGGGGACACCAAAGGGAAGGAGAUUGACCUGGAGAGCGUGUUCGCUCUGAAUCCAGAUGUUGUUCCUGAUGAGGAGAUACCACAGAGUCCUGAGGCUCCUGUUCCUCCCUCAAAUGUUGCCAAAGCCAGCAAAGUCCCAAAGACCAGACGGACUACAUCAAUACCAAAGCCUGAGAACGCUCCACGGGAGAACAGAGCUGCAGCAGUGGGAACCACCCGGGCCCGUCCCAGCCAGCAAAACCAAGCUGCAGAAUCCCCUCCGCCAGCCAUCGCUCCCCAGUCUGCACUGAACCAGACCCUGCUUCAGCAGCAGAACGCACGGAAGAAAUCCAACUGUGUAAAGGAAGUGGAGAAACUCCAGGAAAAACGAGAGAAGAGACGACUUCAGCAGCAAGAGCUGAGAGAGAAGAGAGCACAGGAGGUGGAUGUCAAUCUACCAAACUAUGAAAUUAUGUGUAUGAUCCGAGACUUCCGAGCCAGUCUGGACUACAGGCCUUUAACAACUAACGAUCUGAUCGAGGACCACAGGAUAUGUGUCUGUGUACGUGCACGUCCCCUCAAUAAAAAAGAGAUAUCUGGGAAGGACUUGGAUGUGAUCACCAUUCCUAGUAAGGACGUGGUAAUGGUCCAUGAGCCCAAGCAGAAAGUCGACCUGACCCGCUACCUGGAGAACCAAACUUUCCGAUUCGACUACACCUUUGAUGAGAAUUCCACCAAUGAAAUGGUUUAUAGAUUCACUGCUCAGCCGCUGGUCGAGACCAUUUUUGAGAGGGGGAUGGCGACCUGCUUUGCGUAUGGACAAACUGGAAGUGGGAAAACACAUACGAUGGGAGGUGACUUUUCAGGAAAGAACCAGGACUGUUCCAAAGGGAUCUACGCUUUGUCCGCCAGAGAUGUUUUUCUCAUGCUAAAGAAGCCAAAUUACAAGAAGUUGGAUCUUCAGGUCUUUGCCACAUUUUUUGAGAUUUACAGCGGGAAGGUGUUUGACCUACUGAACCGCAAGGCUAAGUUACGUGUCCUGGAGGACGGGAAGCAGCAGGUGCAGGUGGUGGGUCUGCAGGAGAAGGAGGUGAAAUGUAUGGAGGACGUCCUCAAACUGAUUGAAUUGGGAAACAGCUGCAGGACUUCUGGUCAGACCUCAGCGAACGCUCACUCCUCUCGGAGCCACGCAGUGUUUCAGAUCAUUCUGCGUAAACGGGGGAAGAUGCAUGGAAAGUUUUCCCUGAUUGACUUGGCGGGGAAUGAGAGAGGGGCAGACACCUCCAGCGCCGACCGCCAGACUCGCUUCGAAGGAGCCGAGAUCAACAAGAGCCUUCUGGCACUUAAGGAGUGUAUUCGAGCUCUGGGCCUAAACAAACCCCACACUCCUUUCCGAGCCAGCAAGUUAACCCAGGUGCUGAGGGACUCCUUCAUCGGAGAAAACUCCAGAACAUGCAUGAUAGCGACCAUCUCUCCUGGGAUGGCCUCUUGCGAAAACACCCUGAACACGCUGAGAUACGCCAACAGGGUUAAGGAGUUUGGUAUCAGUCCCUCAGACAUUCCCUUCUCCCAGGGCGGGGGUGGAGGGGGUCGCUGUGAUCUCUCCCCGACUUAUGAGGUGAAGGAGCUCAUGGUGGACCCCGCAGCAGCGAAUGGGGGCCGCCAGGGAGGACUCGUCAACCAGCUGGAGGUGAUGGAGGCUCAGUGGGGAGUCGGCAGCUCUCCACAGAGAGACGACUUGAAGCUGCUCUGCGAACAGAACGAGGAAGAGGUUUCCCCGCAGCUCUUCUCCUUCCAUGAAGCCGUGUCUCAGCUGGUGGAGAUGGAGGAGCAGGUUCUGGAGGACCACAGGGCUGUGUUCCAGGAGUCCAUCCGCUGGCUGGAGGACGAGAAGAUGCUUUUGGAAAUGACAGAGGAGGUGGACUACGACGUCGAGUCAUAUGCAACUCAACUAGAACAAAUCCUGGACCAGAAGAUCGACAUUCUCACUGAGCUCAGAGAUAAAGUCAAGUCUUUCCGUUGUGCACUCUCGGAAGAGGAGCAAGCUAGCAAACAAAUAACCCCGAAGAGACCUCGUGCACUAUAGACGCACAUAAAACACACAAUAUUCCACUGUAAUGAUGACUUGACCUGAGACGGGGGAGGCCUUGUCUCUAAGAUGCUCAGCUGUUAUUUUAUGACUUACUGUCUCUGUGUGUUUGGUUCCUCCUUCCACCUCUUUGCUGUACAGACUGCCACCGCUUCCCAUCAUCCAUCCGUCCAUCUGUAAAACCAAACCGUCUCUGCUCUCCACCCUCCUGUGAAGUGUAUUCACCACCUUUCUGUCAUGUGCGAUAAGGCACACGUGUUUCGUGCAAACGAAAAAAAAGAUGAACAACUAUUUGUUUUAAAUGAAUUUUUAUAGAUUUAAUCAUAUCUUAUCUUCACCGUGGCCAAUUUUAUAAACAGCUGUUGCCAUUUUGUGCAAUAUAUGGAGGAUCCUCCUCCUGUUCCCUGUGUUUCAGUUCAGGGGUGAACAGCACAUGUUGUGUUUGUGUGUACAGUAAAAUGAGCCACUAUGUGUUUGUGUUGAUACUGUAUAGGUUUGACUGAGCCAAAAAAACACAAAACUGCCCUUACAUUACAUCAAUCGACCUAAUGAGGGCGCUAUGUCAGUGUUCCAGACGGCAUUUGCAACAUUAAAGAAAUAAUACUU